AUGCAUACCCUCCUCUAUCUCUACACUCCACUCCUCCUCUCAGCUCUCACUCUUUCCAGCCAAACGACCCCCCGAACGCCCCUCCAAGUCACCUUCCUCCAACCUCCAACCAACACAACUCCCAUAACCAUUGACACCUUCGCGCACCCCCACAGAAACAACCUGGGGUCAUGGCACGGCGCCCUGGAAGACCUCCCCUACACGCAAGGGCCAAACUACAUCCGCCUAGCCCCAACAGACCCAGACCAAACCUACCACACCCAACUCUCCUCCACCACCCAAUGCUUCAACCUCACCCCCUACUCAACCUGGUACCUCCACAUCACCUUCGCCGGCCCCCCAACCUUCAGCAUCUCCCUGCACCAACACAACCCCAACUGCACCCCCCUCUCCAACCCCUACCCGGAAACCUGGGACAGCGUCAACGCAGCCCACUACACCCUCCCACCCCCCGCCCCAAACCCACACGAAAAGGAAAAUGAGAAGGAAAUGAAAAACGUCUACAUUCCCCUCUCGCACUUCAACAUCUCCCAAAGCAGAGUCCUCUCCAUCGCCCUGGGAAACUUCUACCCGCCCUACAGCGCCCCAACUACCGUCUUCAAAAUCGAGCUCACACCAUCUCCCCCAGUAGGCCUAACCCUACCGGACAAGGUCCCCAACGGGGAUCUAAGACUGAGAUGCACAAGACCAGGUUCGUUCGCCUUCGGGAUCGACGACGGGAUCCCGGCGCUCGCAGACGAGGUGCGGGAGAUAUUAGAGAGCGAGGGCGUGCAGGUGACUUUUUUUGUCGUGGGACGUGGACUGAGGGACUCGAGGACAGGGUUAGGGGCGUUUUAUAGGGAGAUGUUGGCCAAGGGGCAUCAGGUGGGCUUGCAUUCUGAUGGUCAUUUUAAGAUGGAAGGAAUGGAGUCCGUGCAGGCGAUCGACGAGGAUAUUAUCGCGAACCUGGCGACCUUCAGAUCGGUACUGGGGAUUGAAUCUCGGUAUUUCCGUCCUCCCUACGGCACGAUUGGGGCUCGGACUCGCGAACGUCUCGCGGUACAUAUCCCAGAUCCUCAGAUUAUCAACUGGAGUGUCGAUAUCGAGGACUGGAUGUGGGCGGAUUCCGACACGCCCGAGCGACAGCUCGAGGCGUUUUAUCGGGACGUGGAGCGGGGCGGGAAUCUGGCGGUGCUGCAUUAUCUGGGCCCGACAACGGUGGGGUAUUUUCGAGAAAUUAUUCGUUUCAUCAAGGGGAAGGGGUUGAAGAUUAUGCGUAUUGAUCAGUGUUUGAAGGAUCCAAGUGCUCCGGCGUUGGUUUGA